AUGUCUAAGAGUUACUCUGGAUCUAGCUUAUAUUCCACUGUGAAAAUUUAUGUUCAUGGAAUCGUGGGAUUGGUGGUUCUUUACUAUGCCCUCCACAAAUUAUUUACCAACCAUGGUGAGGAUAUCAAUUUUGGCAAGUUUUUAAUGCGAACGUCGCCCUAUAUGUGGGCUAACAUUGGUAUAGCAUUAUGUGUGGGCCUAUCGGUGGUUGGUGCUGCUUGGGGUAUCUUUAUUACAGGUACAUCUAUUAUUGGGUCCGGGGUUCGUGCUCCAAGAAUCACAACCAAGAAUUUAAUUUCGAUCAUUUUUUGUGAAGUGGUAGCGAUAUAUGGUCUCAUAAUGUCAAUAGUGUUUUCUUCUAAGGUGACUGUCGCAUCUGCGGAUACGCUCUUCUCAAAGUCAAAUCUUUAUACAGGAUAUUCUUUAUUUUGGGGAGGUCUUACGGUAGGUGUGGCCAAUAUGAUCUGUGGUGUGGCCGUGGGCAUUACUGGGGCUACAGCGGCUGUUGCAGAUGCUGCAAAUGCUGCUUUAUUUGUGAAGAUUUUGGUUAUUGAGAUCUUUGGCUCUAUUUUGGGGCUACUAGGCUUAAUUGUCGGUUUAUUAAUGGUUGGAAAAACUGACGAAUUUAAAUAA